UUCCAUUUCUUUCCUCUCUUUGGAUAUAAAGGCGGUGGUGUGCGUGUGCGCGUGCGCGUGUACUGCUAAAGUGAUUGCCGUUGCCAGCAGACGGUGCGUGCGCCUCUGAACAAACAACUUCGCGUGUCAAGACAGUCAGAGGUUAGCAAAGCUUAGACAAGAAGAAUUAAUGGCGAAGGGCCACGUGAUGGUGCUGCCGAUGCCGUGCCAGGGCCACGUGGUGCCGCUCAUGGAGCUCUCGCACCGCCUCGUGGACCACGGCUUCGAGGUCACCUUCGUCAACACCGAGGUGGACCACGCGCUGGUGCUUGCCGCGCUGCCGAAGGGCGGCGAGGCGCUGCGCGGCAUCCACCUGGCGUCCAUCCCGGACGGGCUUGCCGACGACGAGGACCGCAAGGACCUCAACAAGCUCAUCGACGCCUACUCGCGCCACAUGCCGGGCUACCUGGAGUCGCUCGUCGCGGACAUGGAGGCGGCCGGUAGGCCCAAGGUGAAGUGGCUCGUCGGCGACGUCAACAUGGGCUGGUCUUUCCCGGUGGCCCGGAAGCUCGGCAUCCGUGUCGCCUCCUUCUGGCCGGCCUCCAUGGCGUGCCUCGCCAUCAUGCUCAAGAUCCCCAACUUGAUCCAAGACGGCGUCCUCAACGACAAGGGAUGGCCGGAGCGGGAGGAGACGCUGGAGCUGGCGCCCGGGAUGCCGCCGCUGCACACGUCGCUGUUGUCGUGGAACAACGCGGGCGCACCGGAAGGGCAGCACAUCAUCUUCCAGCUGGUGUGCCGGAACAACAAGCUCAACGACCUGGCCGAGAUCACCGUGUGCAACUCCUUCCUCGAGGCGGAACCCGGCGCGUUCGGCCUCUUCCCGAGCAUCCUCCCCAUCGGCCCGCUCUUCGCCGACGCGGAGCUCCAGAAGCCCGUGGGCCAGUUCCUGCGGGAGGACACGGGCUGCCUGGGCUGGCUCGACGCGCGCCCGGACGGCUCCGUGGUGUACGUGGCGUUCGGCAGCUUCGCCAUCUUCGACGCGCGGCAGUUCCAGGAGCUGGCCGAGGGGCUGGAGCUCACGGGGCGGCCGUUUCUGUGGGUGGUGCGCCCGGACUUCACCCCAGGGCUGAGUAAAACCUGGCUGGAGGAGUUCAGGCAGCGGGUGGCUGGCAGGGGCGUGAUCGUGAGCUGGUGCUCGCAGCAGCGUGUCCUGGCGCACCCCGCCGUGGCGUGCUUCGUGUCGCACUGCGGGUGGAACUCGACCAUGGAGGCCGCCAGGAACGGGGUGCCGGUCCUGUGCUGGCCUUACUUCUGCGACCAGUUCCUGGACCGGAGCUAUGUGACCGACGUGUGGAGGACCGGGCUGGCCGUGGCGCCCGGCAAGGGCGGCGUCGUGGGCAAGGAGGAGGUGAGGGGCAAGGUGGAGAUGCUGGUCGGUGACGAGGGGAUCAGGGAGAGGGCGCGGGGGCUCAAGGAUGCGGCAUCGAAGAGCCUCCGUGAUGGCGGGUCGUCGCACGACAACUUCACGAGAUUCGUGGAACUCCUCGGCGAAUGAACGUUAGGUCGUGCACCCUGUGUAGGAUUAUAAUUUGCCUUGUGUAAGCGUGGUUUGUGGAGAUCUACGUCUCGGGUCAAGUAAGUUUGCUGUCGCCUCGCCCGCAUAGCCACGUGAUCAGGUCGGUGUCAACGACUCUUGGAUGGUCUCUUUCUCUAUGCGACGAAACAUGGUUGCGUGCUUUGCCUGUUUGC